UCUUGCUCGAAGACACGUCGCGUCGACAGAAUGUCGUCACAGUGACCGACGAUAGCGGCUUCUCAGGAGCUCCCACAGGCUAAGAUGGAUCGAUUACAUCCCGAGCAGAUAGACGAGCUUCGAAUCGCUUUUGAGACCUUUGCGAAAACACCAGAAGGCGUACAAGAUGCAUCGCAAGGAAGCAUAUCAGCAAACGAUUUGCGGACCGUCAUGCUCUCGCUUGGUCAAUCGCGACCCGACACCGAGUUCUCUCGACUGUUGCAGCGAUAUGAUCCAUCUGGUGCAGGAUCGAUAGGACAGCGGCAGUUCAUGGAGCUCAUGGCCGAUGUGGUCGUCGAAGAAGGCGGUGAAGCAGAGAUAAUAGAAGCAUUCCAGACGUUUGACAAGGACGGCGAUGGCUAUCUCACUCGGCAGGAGUUCACGAUUGCCAUGUGCAACUUUGGCGAUAGACUAAGCCAACGGGAUGUCGACGAGAUGCUAGCUGUUCUGCCGCCAGAUUCACGAGGUGUCAACUACACAGCAUGGGUCAAAGCGAUGAAUCAAUGAUGCUCAUUUGGGUUGUACAACAACUUGUUGUCAGAUGCGUGCGCCUCUCGCGCUUUUUGUCCUUUGCGUUGGGUAUCCUGCAAUGCGAAUCUGCUGCCCGCACACUGAUCAAGCGAUUUGCAAAGCCGCCUUGAUCUCAUCGGCCAAAUCUCCGUCGGCAUGAUCCCCACUGGCUUGAUGUGUCUCGCCAUUGAUGGGCGGCUCAAAGCCUGUCGGCUGGGCAACCUUGAUGCCAUUCUCACGGCGAUCUUCCAUC